CUCCACACACUGCCGCCGUGUCCGCCUGUGUGAGCGCGCGCCAGUGUGUGUGUGUGUGUGUGUGUGUGUGUGUGUGUGUGUGUGAUCGAUCAUGUCGUACAGCGGCCGAACCCGGGACCCCCGACCCCCGAACCGCCGCUCGAGCGCCAGCCGCCUCUCGUACCCGAGUGUGGUGGUGGCGAGUCCGGCGCUCCUGCGCAGCGCGCCCAGCGUCCACGUGGACGAGAACGACCGACAGGCCAAGAGCGAGGAGACCAAGCAGAUCGUGAACCUCAACAACAAGUUUGUCAAGUUCAUCGACAAGGUGCGCGAUCUUGAGCAGAAGAAUAAGGUCCUGGAGACCCGGCUGAAGAUCUUGCUGGAGCAGGAAACCUACAAAGCAAACAUUAAUGAUAUUGUAGCAGAGUUGACCAAUAACCUAAAGCAGCAGGUGGAUGGCCUGACCCAGGACCAGAAGAGGCUGGAGGUUGAGCUGAACUGCAGCCAGGACCAAGUGGAACGCAACCGGAAUAAAUACGAGGAUGAGCUGCAAAAGAAGACAGAGGUGGAGAAUGAAUUUGUGCUUGCCAAGAAGGAAGUAGAUGAUAACUACUUGAAUAAACUUGGCCUGGAGGUGCAGCUGGAGGAACUGAUGAGCAAGCUGGACUUCCUGAGGAGAGGCUAUGAUGAGGAAAUCAAGGAGCUGCAGUCCCAGAUCCACAACACCACUGUGGUCCUGCCAGCAAACAAUGGACGUGCCUUGGACAUGGAGGAAGUUGUGCAGGAGGUCAAAGCUCAGUACCAGGAAGUGGCAGAGCGAGGCCGAGAAGAGGCAGAGCAGUGGCACAAGAAGAAGAUGGAUGACAUGACCCAGAAGGCUGGGAAACAUGAGCAGGAGCUGCGAGAGUUGAGGAAAGAGAUUGCUGACAUACAACGUCUCAUCCAAAGACUCACCUUGGAGAUGGAAAGCUUAAAGAAUCAGAAAGGGAACCUGGAGGCCGCGAUCGACGAUGCAGAGCAGCGGGGCCAGGAGGCACGUGAUGAAGCUAAGGCCCACAUCCGUGAGCUGGAGGAGGCCCUGUCCAGAGCUAAGCAGGACAUGGCCAGCCAACUGCGUGAUUACCAGGCACUCAUGAACCUCAAACUUGCGCUGGACAUUGAGAUCGCUACCUACAGGAAGCUGCUGGAAGGGGAGGAGAUGAGAAUCGCUGAUCAAGGUGUGAGAGGAUACCAGCGCAGCCCCUUUGACCGCCUUGAUGUCCAGGGGCAACAACCUCCGGGCACCGCAAGCGAGGAGCUCACCAAGGUCACCCCUCCCACAGGCUCUGUCGCUAAACUCACACCUCGGAAAAGCAUUGUCAUCAAAACCAUCGAGACCAAAGAUGGCAGAGUGCUCUCUGAGAAGUCCCACAUCUCAGGGGAAUAAGGAGGCCGCCUUUACAGAAAAAAAAAAAAAAAUCUUCCUCAAUCUUUACCACGAAAGGGGAGUCAGGGACUCAUGGGUGCUUCUGUUGUCUCACUUCAUUCUCUGCAGGGUUAUAGUUCAGUUCCAAUCACUUAAUUGGAAGGGACGCUCUGGAAAUGAUUCAUAAAGGUGCUCAGUAACUGGCCAAUCCUGCACUCACUACAUUUACUCCACGUGUCAUAAUGGCUUUCGGGAAUUGUUUUGUUUUCUAUUGCUGCGUUGUCUCAGAUUGAAAUGGGAAUGGAAGAGGAACAAGUCCAACUGUAACGGGGAUCUCACAUUUUUAGGAUGUUUGCUGUAUGUUUUGAUCGAAAGGAAUAAAGCUAAACUUUGACAUUAAUCUCAGCUGAAACAAUUGUUUACAACAAUAUGGAAAAUAAAGGGUGUCAUG